AUGGCAAUGUUAAAACAUAUAUCUCAGCUCAAGUGCUCUAGAACAGAGCCAUGCGAGAGCUGUGCUGAAGCAGGCAAGUCUUGUGAGUAUCGUGAGCUAGACAAGAAGAAAAGACCAGUCUCGUCAAAGUAUGUUGCUGAGCUUGAAGAGCGCAAUGUUUAUCUGGAGGCCUUGGUUAUAAAGAUACGCGACCUAGUCCCAGAAGCUAGGGUUGUUCUAUCAGAGACAUCGGAAUUUGGCGAGCUCAGUCUUUUAAGAACAGUUGAAAGUCAACCUUCACCUGCGGUAAUCAGUCCUCAACCUGAUAAUCUAGAACCUGAUCUAGAGGGAUCGCUUAUCUAUCACGGUCCGACGAGCAUCAUCCAUGGAAAGCUUCCCCAGGCAAACAGGGCAGCCACUUAUGAUGGCAACUCGACACUCGAUGUAAAUCCUGAUUCAAAUUUUGAGCAGGUUGCACAGCACUUCGGCAUUUCGCUGGAUAAUGAUCUAGUUACCAGUGCCCUUAUGCACUUCUUCAAGUGGCAAUAUCCGCAAUACAUGUUCAUCUACCGCGAGGCCUUUUUAAGGGACCAUUUUGGUGAUCGACAGGCUUGUAAAUACUGGUCCUCUGGUUUGCUUCUAUCCAUUUGUGCCCUGGGGCUAUUGAUGUCUCCAGAUAGUAUUCAGCGACGCGCAAGUGAACAAUUCUUCAGUGCUGCUGAGACCACGCUGAUAGUCUACGGUUUUGCUAGGCCGUCUAUUGCCACCGUACAAGCAUUCCUCUGCCUUGCAUUUUAUGAGAUAGGUCGGGGAAACAUGUCCAAGGGCUGGGGCUUCUCAGGUAUCGCUUUUCGGAUGGCACAAGACCUUGGCUUCCAGAGAGACCCAAAACAAUGGGUAUCAUGGGAUAGAUCAUUGGCGACACCAGAAGAUAUAGAGAUCAGGAGAAGGAUUGUAUGGGGAUGUUAUACAUCUGAUAAACUGAUCAGCCUGACUCUGGGUCGGCCAGUCUACUUCUCACACCACAGCAUCAAAGUUGAGAACUUGGAACGCCUGCCAGACUUUCCCGAAUUCGAACUCUGGCUGCCUAUUGGCUUUGAUAGUCAACAGGGAGACUUUGGUGAGACGAAACCACUUGUUCCAUGCUUCCAAAAGCAGAUCGAGCUAUCUAAAAUCAUAGAGCAGAUACUGGGCACAUUGUCGUCACUGAAAACGGCUCAAGAUAGCCUCAUCUAUCGGGGGCAUCUCGAUAAGUUGAACUUGGAAUUAAGUCGCUGGGAGAUUUCGUUGCCAGAGUGUGCUCAAUGGAACAAGUGGGAAACUCCAAGCACCCUGCUCAUACCGAGCGUGGCAUCACUGCAUCUACUUUUCCACAGUACUCGCAUUGUCACGAACCUUGAUGCUGCUAUACACGAGUCACACAAGAGUAGAGAUUAUUGUAACUCAUCUGCUCAGGCUAUCAUCGCCUUGGUUCGCAAAUACCGGUCGCAGUAUGGGAUGCGAUUUGCACCAUUUGUCCUUAUAUAUAGUUUGGCGCAAGCGUCGCGUUGCAUGUAUUUGUUCAGUACAGUGGAGGAGGUGACUUAG